CCCUUCCCUCCCUCAUCUUCCUCUCCUCUCUCAGUAGAGCUCCGUUAGGUGUGCUGUUAAGUCCCGUAGAGUUUUUGCGUCUCUCUCUCAAGAUGUCCUGGACUCGAGUGCUCGUCCUGUGUUUCCUCACCACCCUCCUCAUCCUCACCUUUUCCAGUGUGGUGGAAAGCGCGGCGGUACGGGAUGACGCAAAACCAGCUGAUCCUAAAGGUGCCGCGCGGCAGGUGUUCAUGCCCGAGUCGGACGCCUCCAACUUCUUCAAACGCCGCACUCGCCGCUCCGUCCGAUAUUAUGAGCUCCAAGCCGAGCAGAGGGUGAAGAUCGCGGCCAGCGAGCGAAGGAGGGAGUUUAACGAGGAGCAGAGGAACGAGUACGAGAACUACGUCGAGGAGGACCGUGAUGAGAUUAAUGAGAGAUCAAGGGAGACCAACGAGCAGCUGCGAGAGUAUCACUACGACGGCCUGUAUCCUCGCUACUACUGGUUCCACUGAGCGCGCUCCGUGGCGAGGACAGCCGGACUACAGCACCUCUCGCUGGAGCAGAAACACUGCCGUCACCUUUACCCUGUAACAAAGGUGACCGACAGCCUGAGAGCAAGUGCUAAAGUUAUCUCUGUACUUGUCCCACUUUAAUACACAAGGUCUCUUUUUUUUUUAUAAAACCUAAACUGUGCAAUAUGAUGUCAAACUGUAUCCAAAGUGCAGUUUUUGUAUUCUAAGUUAAACACUCUGCAUGCUUGUUUUUACCGCCUUUUAUCUGUACAUACAAGUUAUACCGUGCUACCUUGAGUAUUAACUACAAUAAAUCAUCCUUUUACGUACGCAGUUGUCUGGUUUAGCCGGAGGAGGGUUGUCUUUUCUUUUUUGCAAAGAAGCUUCAUGUCUUUAAGUUAAACUGACGAAUAAAGAUGAGUUUCCAGUGA